CGCCGACUCUCUCUCUUCCCGCGCUGCGUCCGUCCGCGCUGAGGCGGGCAUGGCUGAGCCCGAGCUGAGCCAGGCUGCCGUGCUGAGCUUCCUGCGGGAGCGCGGCGGCAAGGUGCGCAAUUCGGAGCUGCUGAGCCGCUUCAAGCCGCUCCUGGAAGCGCCGGGCGGGGAGCCCGAAGCCCGAGCCGCCCUCCGCGAGCAGUUUAAGCACUUCGUCAACACCGUGGCCGUCGUGAAGGAGGAAGACGGAGCGAAGUUCGUGGUGCUGAGGAAGAAUUGGCGCCUGGAGGAGGCGGAAGUGAGCGCAGCGCCCGCUGGGGGGCGCUCUGGCGAGGAGGAGGAGGAAGAGGAAGAGGAAGGAGAGGAAGACUCGGCCACUUUGGCGCCUGCCUGCCAUGCCGGCCCAGAGGGUCCAGAGCAGGAAAGCGGGCCUGAGUCGAGCCCAGCAAUGCCUGUGUCCCAGUUGAAGAGCCUGUUUCAAAAGGAGGGCAUGGAGGCACCCAAAGCCCCCGGGGACCAAGACAAGUUGGCUCCCAAAGCUGCCCCCCAGAAACCCUGCAUGCUGCCUGUGCGCUGUGUGCUGCCUGCCAGCGGGGCCAAGGAGCCCAAGGACCCGAGCCCUGAGCCGAAGCAGCCCGAAGUCAAAGACUGGCUCCAAGUGGGGCUCCCGGCCAUCACCCCCUCUACGUCGCCUUACAUGAAGAGGCGUCAGCUGGAAGAGAUGGGGUCUAGCUCCCCUUACCUGAGGAGGGUGCAGAAGUCUCAGAAGGUGGGCGAGGAAGCGGACUGUCCCGCUACGACCGUCCCUUUGGAAGCCGCUGAGCACGAGUGGCUGGUGAAGGCCACAGCCGGCCAGUGGUCCCAGCAGCUUCACGGCCUGCUGCUGAGCGACAAGAACCUGGCCAGCAAGAGGGACUUCAUGACCGGCUUCACCGUUCUGCACUGGGCGGCCAAGAGCGGGAACUGCGAGAUGGUGGGUAAAGUCAUCGAGGUGGCCGAGAAAGGUGGCGCUCAUGUCAACGUGAACUCCAAGUCCUACGGCGGUUAUACCCCGCUCCACAUCGCCGCCAUACAUGGGCAAGAGGAAGUCAUCGCCCAGUUGGUCAGGGAUUACGACGCCAACGUUCACCUGAGAGACUACAGUGGGAAGAAACCCUUUCAAUAUUUGAAAGAGGGCUCCUCUUUUGCAGUCAGACACCUCUUGCGGGACCCCCACCUUCACACGGUCUCUGGACACAAUGCCUCCAUCAAGAAGAACCCCAAAGUGGCGGCUUCCAUUUUGAGUUCCACUAGUGCUGUCCUGGGGCUUUUGUCUGAUGACACUGCUUUCUAUGAGCUGACCAAAGGCUUAAAGAAACCAGCUACGCUCAAUAAGUUAUUUAAUGCAGCCUCAACCCCAAGGAGGAAGCUGAAGUCCAGAGGGACUUUCUCGUCCUAUUCUUCCUUAUCUGAGUCAGUGGAAGAUGACCAAGAGGAAGCAACGACAAAACGCAGACCAGUUUCAGAGUUGUUUUUUGGUCACUAGGCUCUGUCUUGCUGAAAUCAAAAUAAUAUGAAUACUGAAGCAGUCAUGUGUUGCUUAUUCUUUCACAGAAAUACUUCUGCUUUUGUGUUUUUAAAUGUGUUUCUCAUUAGCAUGUCUAAUCCAGGGACUGAAUGGAUUCUCUAUAGGGUUGUAUCUGAAUACCAGUUGAAUUCAGUAUUCCUGAAUGUGAUCUUUGCCUCAUACAUUUCACUGAAAAUAGUUUUGCUCAGCAAAAAUUACCCUUACUAAAUCCAUGUGACAUUUCAUGCAGGGCUUGGUUUGUUUUCUUUUGUUUUAGUGAGAGUUUAAUGUGAGACCCUUAUUUUGUUAGGUGAUGAAAGGUUCAUUAAAACCAAAUGAAUUAAGUAACAGUGCAGUCCCAGACACGGAAGUAAUACGCAAGCCAAUGGGACGUAUUCCCAGGUGAGUUUGUAUAGGAUUAAGACUCUUUCUUGGGAGUAAGGAAGUCCCAUGGAAAACAAUUGACUUCCUUUUGAGGAAGCAUGAAUAGGAUUGAGUUGCAUGUCUGAAAAGGACAGGAAUAAAAAUGUCAAUUUCAGAUAGAUGCCACUGCAUAUAAAGCAGUACAUCUUGAAACAAACACUAUGUUCGGUUCACGGCAUGCACAUUUUUUAAAGAACAAAAUGUUUCCUUUAUAGCCUCUAAAAACUUUUGAUCUGGGAAUGAAAAUCAUUUCAGGGAGGUUCUUUGCAUCCCAUCCAUGCCUGUCAGCACAGAUUAAUGAGUUAAUUAAAGGUAGUGCUGCCUUCCUAAUGCUGUGCCAUAUUUAGUACAGUAUCAAAAACAUUGAACGUGUUCUGUAAUAGUUUGCAUUGGAUGCAAUUCUUAUGAAAUCCACCUUACAGUUCAGUGAAUCUGUGAUCCCUAUGGUUAAAAAGGAAGGAACAGUUAUGCCGUAGUAAAGCUUUAUUUUGGCUUUUAAAGCAGAUGCCAAAAAUGCAAAAUGUCAAUUUUUUUAAAUUACAGUUUUAAUUAUGUUUGAAAAGGGAUACAUAAUUUUAGUGGCAUGCUGGAGAGAAGGGCAGUUCAUUAUAUUUUAUACUUUCUAUUAAAAAUGCCUCCUAGUAAGAAUUUUACUGCAUGCAGAAAACAAAAUAUACAGUGAAUUUGGAGAAUCAGCUCUAGCCAACUUAAAAAGAAAAGAGAAGAAAAGGCCCUAAGCGUCUCUACCUCAGUGCUGUAUUUAUAUUAUCAACUUAAACUGCAAUCCCAGCCCCACUUACCUGGGAGUAAGCACCAUUGAACUCAAUAGGACUCAAUUCUGAGUAGGCAUGGCUGAGAUUGCAGGUGGAGAUAUGUCUUGUUUUAUUCAGAGAAUAUGUAUAAUAGUUUUUGCAAACUAAUGAAAAGCUGUGUGAUUCUAAAUGCCAUAACAGUUUGACAAAAUAUACAAACCUCUUGUCCUCUGAGUAUAACUUUUCAAAAAUGUAACAAAAGGAAAAAUCUAUUUAGGGUACAUAUUUUUAUAUGAGGAAUAGACUAAUGGAAAUAUAGCUCUUUAAGAUAGUUAUUUUUAUAUUGUAUAUUAUGUAAAUACUGACAUGUUUUGGUGUCUUUCUGGUGAUGAACUUUUAUGUAAACUAAGGCUGGGCAUGUUAGGUGCACCAUCAGCCAUCAUUAAACACUCAAAAGAAGUGUGCAUCUCAAUGACAUAACUAACUUAAAAUAUGUCAAGUGGUAAGGCUCCGUGGGUAGUUUUUAAAAAGACAUUGUGGCUCUGUGAAAAUUCAUUUUUGGUAUGAUACUCAUCUUGAUUGAAUAAUGCUCUGCAUGAACUAAAAGCCUUUUGUAAAUAAGGGUAAUUAUUGUCCCACCAUUUUAAAAAAUUGUAUGGAUUGAUUUUAAUACAAUUGACUAUUUAGUGGCGUUGCAUGGGGACUUCUAACCUAAUUCUACGGCGAGGUUUAUGGAUCACUUUAAAUCACAGUUACACUUAACUCCAAACAAACAUUGAGCUCAUAGGUUUGUUCCUGGCUUGCCGCUCAUGGAUUGUUUGCAAGAGACAAACCACAAUUCCAGGUUCAAACAUAAUGCUAUGCCAAACCAUUGUUUACUCUGCAGGAGCAGGGGAAAAGCAAAGUAGCUGUGAUUUUAGGUCUGUGUACCAGCUUCAUCCAAGCGAUACAUCCAGUCCCUCCUCCAAAAGUUGCAGUUUUGGGACAAUUUAAAUUCUGUUAUUGAAGAAGAGUAGGUUCACUUCAGAAAGGAUUACUGUAUGAUUGGUCAGUCUCAUGUGUCACACAUUUAAUCUCUGAAUACACCAAGGGCCCAAACAGGCGAUGGCUGUAACCUUUAUUGAUUUUUACGUCAGACUUUGGCCUAGUAAACAAAGGCCCCGUUGUGGCACAAGUUGGCUCUUGGAAUGCUGUAUCUGCCUUGCUUUAAUAAACUCAAUACAGUACUACUAUCUGGCUACCUAUGUGUGCAUAUGCAUAAUAGUCUUUGCUAAAGUAUUCCACAAGUUGUUGUAGGACUUUAUCUGCUCAAGAGAUGGGUAGCUAACAAAUUGUUUCUGUUCCCAUUCUUAGCAAAUAAAAAUAGCAAGCUCAAUCCAGCGUAGAGCUAGGGCCAAACAUUGCCAGACGUGGGUGUUUAAAUCUGGGCCGGCCCCAUUCACACAGAACGAGGGGAGUGAGUGCAGGUUCAGUUUUAACAGCCAUUGGGCAGAUGAAUGAGGAUUGCAAAACAACCUGCAGCUGAGCUCAUUUCUUAUAUUAAAGGUUGGCUAAGGAGAAAAGUACUCAGGGAUUUCGAAUAUGAGGUUUACCAGCCCCUGGCCAUGUGCUCACUUUGCUGUUAAAAGUGGACCUUCUCCAAACCCCUUUCUUUGUGAAGCAGGUGUUUGUAAAAGGAAUAUACCUGCAUACUAAAGGAAAUGCAAAGAC